AAGGAACAAAAGCAGCUCGAAUGGGACCCAUAAAAUGUCCUCUCAAAAGACCCCCAGAUGUGAUUUUAAUCUUUCUUCUACUGCACUAACAUAAUUAAAUUUUCGAUUUUAUUAUUUACGUUUUUAAUAAAACAAAAUAAAAUUGGGGUUGUCGUUUCGAUUUUAUUUGGUUGCCAAAUCUGCCCCAAAAUUCCCUCCUUCCAUAAUCAUGUUAGGCGAGAGAGCAAUUUGUGAAGGGUCGUCAUCUGGAUUGGCCAUCACAGCCGAUCAGCAGCAUCAGCAGCAGCAGCAGCAACAACAACAGGCAGCAGGGCAGGCACAGCCGGGUGCGGUUGUUCCGUUGAGCCGUUACGAAUCACAAAAGCGGCGAGAUUGGAACACUUUUGGGCAAUAUCUAAAAAACCAAACACCCCCAGUAUCGCUAUCCCACUGUAACUGUAACCAUGUACUUGAAUUUCUUCGAUACCUUGACCAAUUUGGUAAAACAAGAGUUCAUUCACAUGGUUGUGUGUUUUUCGGGCAACCUGACCCUCCUGCCCCCUGCCCUUGCCCUUUGAAACAAGCUUGGGGCAGCCUUGACGCACUCAUCGGCCGCCUCCGUGCCGCCUACGAGGAGCAUGGUGGCUCCCCUGAAGGAAACCCUUUUGGAAAUGGAGCAAUUAGAACGUAUUUAAGGGAGGUGAAGGAGAGCCAAGCGAAGGCCAGAGGAAUUCCUUACAAAAAGAAGAAGAAGAAGAGAAAUAAUCAGACGAUGAUGAUGAAUAAUAUGAACAAGCAGCAGCUGCAGCAACUCCCCAAUAAUAAUAAUGAUACCAACGCUCCUUUGACUCACAUCCCUUGAUUUUUCAAUCCAUCUCCAUGGAAUUGAAGAAAGGAAGAUGUGGAUUUAAUGGAUUGAUGGAAGGGGAAGAGAGAUGGAGAAUAUUGGAGCAAUUGAAGGGAAAAAAUGUGGAAUAUUGCUUAUACGGUGUUGGGAGUUGUGCAGAGGAUUUAAUUCAUAUGGGUAGCCUUAGCUAUAAUUCUGGUUAUGAAUAAUCUAUAAUAUUGAGGCAGCAUAAUUAUAAUUAGAUGGCCCUUAUUAAAUUCUAUAUACAUAUAUCUAUAUAUUUUGUAGCAA